AUGUCUAUCAUAACGCCAACGGGGCCUAUUUCGCCUCCUAUGGAGUCCACCGGUGACCGUCUCGCUACCCUUGAGCUUCAAGACGGCACUGCGGUGCAAGGUUACUCGUUUGGUGCGCAGAAGCCUGUUGCUGGUGAACUUGUGUUUCAAACCGGUAUGGUCGGAUAUCCUGAGUCCAUAACCGAUCCCUCGUAUGAAGGCCAGAUUCUGGUCAUCACGUUUCCCCUCGUCGGCAACUACGGUGUCCCCGACCGUGAGUUGCAAGACGAGUUAGUGACGUCCCUACCCAGAUACUUCGAGAGCUCUAGAAUUCACGUCGCUGGGCUGGUAGUCGCUCACUACACCGAAGAAUACUCGCAUUGGCUUGCCAAUUCCUCCUUGGCUACUUGGCUGCAGGAGCAAGGUAUUCCCGCCGUUUACGGUAUUGACACUAGGGCUUUGACCAAACAUCUGAGAGACAGUGGUUCCAUGUUGGGUAGGUUAGCACUUCAGAAGCCAGGCUCUGACUUCUUUCGUGCAACCUCCGUUGAAUGGGUAGACUGCUUUGAUGUUCCCGAAUGGUACGACCCCAACGUGCAGAAUCUCGUUGCCAAGGUCUCAACCAAAACUCCCCAAUUGUAUGCCCCUUCUUCCGAUCUUGACUCCUGCGAUUUGCAAACGGGACCUGACGGCAAAACCUUGAGAAUCUUGGCAAUCGACGUCGGUAUGAAGUAUAAUCAAAUUCGUUGCUUCGUUAAGCGAGGCGUUGAGUUGAUGGUUGUUCCUUGGGACUAUGACUUUAGCAGCGAGGAAUACGACGGUCUGUUCAUUUCAAACGGUCCCGGUGAUCCUGCUGUCCUUACUGAUCUAAAUGCCAAGCUUGCAAAGGUGCUAGAAGCCAAAAAGACACCAGUUUUCGGUAUUUGUUUGGGUCAUCAGCUUUUGGCCAGAGCUUCGGGAGCUUCUACUUUGAAGUUGAAAUUCGGUAACAGAGGCCACAAUAUUCCUUGUACUUCAACCAUCUCCGGAAGGUGUUACAUCACUUCUCAGAACCAUGGUUUUGCUGUCGAUGUUGAGACCUUAACUGCGGGUUGGAAGCCAUUAUUUGUGAAUGCUAACGAUGAAUCUAAUGAAGGUAUCUACCACUCUGAACUGCCUUACUUCUCCGUCCAAUUUCAUCCAGAAUCCACUCCGGGCCCAAGGGACACUGAAUUCCUAUUCGACGUUUUCAUCAAUGCUGUCAAAGACUUCAAACAUUCAGGUGAGUUAAGAGCUGUUGAAUUUCCUGGUGGAUUAAUUGCUGACAAUUUGGCGGCACACCCAAGAGUGGAGGCAAAGAAGGUUUUGGUGUUGGGUUCUGGUGGCUUGUCUAUUGGUCAGGCAGGUGAAUUUGAUUACUCGGGCUCCCAAGCUAUCAAAGCUUUGAAAGAAGAAGGGAUAUACACUAUUUUGAUCAAUCCAAACAUUGCCACUAUCCAAACGUCCAAAGGCUUAGCUGAUAAGGUGUACUUCUUGCCUGUCACCGCGGAGUUUGUGCGCAAAGUUAUCAUGCAUGAAAGACCCGAUGCGAUUUACGUUACAUUUGGUGGUCAAACAGCUCUUUCAGUGGGUAUUGAGAUGAAGGACGAAUUUGAGGCCUUGGGUGUCAAGGUCUUGGGUACUCCAAUCGACACCGUCAUCACCACAGAGGACCGUGAACUAUUUGCCAAUGCUAUGGACGAAAUCAAUGAGAAGUGCGCCACGUCGAAGGCAGCACUAACUGUUGGAGAGGCUUUGGAUGCUGUCAAGGAGAUUGGUUUCCCUGUUAUUGUUCGUGCGGCUUAUGCUCUAGGUGGUCUAGGUUCAGGAUUUGCCAAUAACGAAAAAGAACUUGUAGACCUGUGCAAUGUGGCCUUUGCUUCUUCUCCCCAGGUUCUAGUUGAGAGAUCUAUGAAGGGCUGGAAAGAAGUUGAAUAUGAAGUUGUGAGAGAUGCAUUCGACAACUGUAUUACCGUCUGUAACAUGGAAAAUUUCGAUCCGUUGGGAAUUCACACAGGUGAUUCCAUUGUUGUUGCUCCAUCCCAAACUUUGUCAGAUGAAGACUACAACAUGUUGAGAACCACCGCGGUAAAUGUUAUCAGACAUUUAGGUGUUGUUGGUGAAUGUAACAUCCAAUACGCUCUAAACCCCUUCAGCAAGGAAUAUUGCAUUAUCGAAGUCAACGCGCGGUUGUCGCGCUCUUCUGCUCUUGCUUCUAAAGCCACCGGCUAUCCAUUGGCUUAUACGGCUGCAAAGUUAGGUCUAAAUAUUCCUCUCAAUGAGGUCAAGAACUCCGUCACGCAGUCCACAUGCGCUUGUUUUGAACCUUCAUUGGAUUACUGUGUGGUUAAAAUGCCUAGGUGGGAUUUGAAGAAAUUUCACAGAGUUUCCACUGCUUUGUCCUCAUCCAUGAAAUCUGUAGGUGAAGUGAUGAGUAUCGGCAGAACCUUUGAGGAGGCCAUUCAAAAAGCUAUCAGGUCUACAGAAUACGUUAAUUUGGGAUUUAACGAAACUGAUUUAGAUGCCGACAUCGACUACGAAUUAUCGCAUCCAACAGACGAGCGUAUAUUCGCCGUUGCUAAUGCCUUCAGUAAAUUGAACUAUUCUGUUGAAAAGGUUUGGGAACUAAGUAACAUCGACAAAUGGUUUUUGACAAAACUUUACAACUUAAUCAAGUUUUCCAAAAGAAUUGAAAGCUACGGCAGGAUCGAAGAACUACCUCCCUUGGUGUUGAAGCAGGCCAAACAAUUGGGUUUUGAUGAUAGACAGAUUGCUAAAUUCGUCAACUCGAAUGAGGUUGCCGUUAGGCGCUUGAGGAAGGAGUUCAAUAUUACUCCGUUUGUUAAGCAAAUUGAUACGGUAGCAGCUGAAUUCCCAGCGCAUACCAAUUAUCUGUAUAUGACUUACAAUGCAGCCGCGCAUGACUUGUCUUUCAAAGACCAAGGUGUUAUGGUAUUGGGAUCCGGUGUUUAUCGUAUUGGCUCUUCCGUUGAAUUCGAUUGGUGUGCAGUCACUGCUGUCCGUACCUUACGAAAAAAUAACAUCAAGUCCAUCAUGGUUAAUUACAAUCCUGAGACUGUUUCAACAGACUAUGAUGAAGCCGAUCGGCUGUACUUUGAGACAAUCUGUUUAGAGAGAGUUCUCGACAUUUAUGAAAUUGAGAGUUCAAGUGGUGUAGUAGUAUCCAUGGGUGGGCAGACGUCCAAUAAUAUUGCCAUGUCUCUACAUCGUGAGAACGUUAAAAUUUUGGGUACUACCCCAGAAAUGAUCGACGCUGCUGAAAAUCGUUACAAGUUCUCCCGUAUGUUGGAUCAAAUUGAAGUUGAUCAACCUGCAUGGAAGGAGUUGACGUCAUUUGAGGAAGCCGAAGCCUUUGCCGAGGCUGUAAGCUAUCCUGUCUUGGUUCGUCCUUCCUACGUUCUAUCUGGUGCUGCCAUGAACACAGUAUACUCCAAAGACGACCUCGCUUCCUACUUGAAUCAAGCCGUUGAAGUUUCCCGCGAUUACCCUGUUGUCAUAACUAAGUACAUCGAAAACGCAAAGGAAAUCGAAAUGGAUGCAGUUGCGAAAGACGGAGAGCUAGUCAUGCACGUUGUGUCCGAACAUGUUGAGAAUGCUGGUGUGCAUUCUGGUGAUGCCACUCUAAUUGUUCCUCCACAGGACCUAGACCCUGAAACCGUCAACAGAAUUGUGGUCGCUACUGCCAAAAUUGGUAAAGCUUUGAAAAUCACUGGCCCUUUCAACAUUCAAUUCAUUGCCAAAAACAAUGAUAUUAAGGUAAUUGAGUGUAAUGUUCGCGCUUCGCGUUCCUUCCCCUUUAUCUCAAAGGUAGUCAAUGUUAACUUGAUUGAAAUGGCCACAAGAGCAAUCGUGGGUCUACCAGUCACUCCUUAUCCAACCGGUAAAUUACCAGAUGACUAUGUUGCAGUCAAAGUUCCACAGUUCUCUUUUCCAAGAUUGGCUGGAGCUGACCCUGUUUUGGGUGUGGAGAUGGCUUCUACCGGUGAAGUUGCAUCCUUCGGUCAUUCGAAAUAUGAGGCCUAUAUGAAGUCUCUUCUAUCGACUGGGUUCAAAAUGCCUAAGAGAAAUGUUCUACUCUCAAUUGGCUCUUACAAAGAAAAGCAGGAAAUGCUAUCAUCUGUUAAGAAGCUAUACAGCAUGGGAUACAAACUCUUUGCUACAGCAGGUACUGCUGAUUUCAUCUCUGAACACGGCAUUCCGGUUCAAUACUUGGAAGUGCUUAACGAUAGUGACAGUGAAAAGUCCGAGUACUCUUUGACUCAACAUUUGGCUAAUAACAAAAUUGAUUUGUACAUCAAUUUACCAUCUGCCAACCGAUUCCGUCGGCCAGCUUCCUAUGUAUCGAAGGGUUACCAGACCCGUCGUAUGGCGGUAGACUACUCUGUCCCAUUAGUCACGAACGUCAAAUGUGCCAAACUCUUGAUUGAAGCCUUAUCAAGAGACCUGAAGUUGGACGUUAGUGAGAGAGAUGCCCAAACUUCUCAUAGAACAGUUACCAUUCCUGGUCUAAUCAAUAUUUCAGCCUACAUGCCAAAUAUUUCAAAUGUUGUCCAAGGACCAGAUGAAAUGAAGGAAAUAACGCGGUUGUCUGCUGAAUCAGGCUUCACCUAUUCUCAGAUCAUGCCCAAAUCUACCAAAGGGCCGGUUAUCACUAAUGAACAGUCUCUGAAGGUUGCGACUUCCGUUGUUCAAGACUCGGCAUAUACCGACUUUGGCUUCACGGUAGCUGCUACUGCACACAACGUCAGUGAAGUGGCAGUCUGCGCGAAUGAAGCCAAUGCACUAUUUCUGCCACAUCGUGAACUUACUGGCAAAGUUUCAAUUGUUGCUGAGCAUUUGAAAAAUUGGCCGGUGGAAAAGCAGAUAAUAGCGGAGGCGAAGACUUCCGACCUUGCUUCCGUCAUUCUUCUUGCGUCCCUACAGAACCGGCCAAUCCACAUCACGGGUGUGUCCAACAGAGAUGACCUAUCUUUGAUUAUCACAGUGAAGGAAAAGCAAGACAAGGUUACCUGCGAUGUAAAUAUUCAUUCAUUAUUUGUCAGUCAAACAGAUUAUCCAGAGGCGCCAUUCCUUCCAACAGCCGAGGACCAAGAAUUUUUCUGGCGCAACUUGGAUUCUAUCGAUGCCUUCUCUAUUGGCGCUCUUCCAACACUAUUGGCUCAAAUUACUGGAAAUGAGGUUGUGACUGGUAUUGGUAUCAAGGAAGCUUUGCCCUUGUUACUCUCCGCUGUCAACAAUGGAAAAUUGACAAUUGAUGAUAUUGUAGAGCGUUUACACGAUAAUCCAGCGAGGAUUUUCAACAUUCCUGCCCAAAAUAGUGUGGUUGAACUAGACUUGGACUUUGCUUUCAGGCACAAGAAGAGAUGGUCUCCCUACACUAAAGGAGGCUUGACGGGAGGCGUUGAACGUGUUCUGCUGAACGAAGAAACCAUUGUCUUGAGCGGAGACUUAGUUGCCGCUGAAGCUCAGGGGAAGCCUAUUAUCAACUCGGCCGCCAAGUUGACGACCCCUCUACCUCCUCUUGCUUCUGAGAUAAAUCAGUUUGCCGGCAGAAAGAGAUUCUCGUUCUCAAAUGAGAAACGUUCUUCGUUUGCCAGCAUUGAUGAAGAUGAAGAAGCUUUGUUAGAUCAGCCUUUGGAACAAAGACUGAUGUCUUCCAGGCCGCCAAAGGAACUUGCUGCUCCUGGUGCCAUCCAAAGCUUGAUCAGAGGCAACAAUCCAUUUUUGCGCAGAAACAUCCUUUCUGUCAACCAGUUCAAGCGUUCUGACUUCCAUGCAUUGUUUGCUGUUGCUCAAGAAUUAAGAUCAGGUGUCGAAAGGGAAGGUAUCUUAGAUAUCAUGAAAGGUCGUCUCUUAACAACCAUCUUUUAUGAACCUUCCACUCGUACUUCAUCUUCUUUCAUCGCAGCCAUGGAACGUUUGGGUGGUAGAACCGUCAACAUUAAUACCACUUCGUCCUCCGUAAAAAAGGGCGAAACUCUGCAAGACACGAUCAGAACUCUGGCUUGUUAUUCAGAUGCUAUUGUUCUGCGUCAUCCUGAUGAAAUGUCAGCCCACACGGCCGCCAAGUACUCUCCAGUACCAAUCUUAAACGGUGGAAAUGGAUCUCGUGAGCACCCAACUCAAGCCUUCCUAGACUUGUUCACUAUUCGCGAAGAGCUUGGUACCGUAAACGGUAUCACCGUUACAUUCAUGGGCGACCUAAGAUAUGGGAGACCAGUUCAUUCUCUGUGUCGCCUGUUAAAACAUUACCAGGUAAGGAUCAAUUUGGUCUCUCCUACGGAACUCAGACUACCAACGGCUUUGCGCACAGAGCUAGCAAAUGCUGGUAUGCUCGGCGUUGAAAGCGAGGUAUUGACUCCUGAGAUUAUAUCGAGAUCUGACGUGCUAUAUUGUACUAGAGUUCAAAAGGAAAGGUUUGAAGAUCCUGAACAGUACGAGAGGCUCAAAGACGUUUACGUUGUCGAUAACAAAAUUUUAGCUCAUGCCAAAGACCACAUGGUUGUCAUGCAUCCAUUGCCCCGUGUAAACGAGAUUCGUGAGGAAGUUGACUAUGAUCACAGAGCCGCAUAUUUCAGGCAAAUGAGGUACGGCUUAUUUGUUAGAAUGGCCCUUCUGGCCAUGGUUAUGGGUGUAGACCUAUGA